AUGUUUCUCGAUAUGCAAAUACGAAUAUGUAUUCUCUACGAGUUCAAGCUCAAACGCCAUGUGCCGAUAGCUUUUGAGAAUCUUAGGCGAGCAUUUGGUGAAGGAGCAAUCUCCCGAGAAUCCGUUUAUCGAUGGUAUCAUCGAUUCAGAGAAGGAAAGGAAACCCUCGAAGAUGAACGAGGACCCUUUUCUAUCAUCAAUGAUGACGAGCUCAAAAAAUUCGUCGAAGAAAAUCCUACUGUGUCGCUGAGGGAAUUAGCAAAGCACUUCGGUGUAGGAAGAACAGCAAUUAGAUAUCAUCUGGAUAAAAUCGCUAAUGGCAAACGAGUUCGAUACUGCGCAAAGAGGGCAGCAUUUGCGAGGAAGUGGAAACAGGGAAUUCUAGGUGAGGAUGACGAGGAAAUGGCUUCCACAUCUGAAUCGACCUGUGCACUGGUCGAGGCGUCUGCAAAGCAAGAAGCAGCCGCUGGUCCUUCGACUGUGAGAAUAGCAGAAUCGCAGGAGGACUCAAAGCAAGAAGUUCCAACAUUGAACCAAGAGCUGGUCCACCGUCACCACUCAAUUCAAACGUUGUACGGUGUGGAUGAUUCGACGAAAAGCGAUGAUGGUCGGCAAGAAAUAAGAAUCGACGCUUCGGAAUAUGCUGAUGGUUCACGGGAGACUAAAGAAUGUAUCACAUAUUUAUUUUAG